CUGUCAACCUGUCGGUUGAAAUAGCCUGGACGAUGUCUGUAAUGGAGUCUGCUGCGGGCUGAUUCUCAGCUGGCCUGGUCUGCGAUGGGCCAGCCUGCGACCAAGAAAGCCGUCCCUUCUAUAACACCGGUGCUUGGCCGAAUUCAGCAGGCUUCGUUAAUCUUUAACUGCCGUUUCUCAUCUCCAAUAUUUCUGGAUCAUGUACAUCCAGCCAGCCCUUGAACUACCCCUUCCUCCCAAUUGGCAAUCCCUCGAUCACGUCAAAGAUUCAUCCAGUAUGGAGCUACCUCGUGACGCUCUGGACGAAGCCCACCUGCACAUUGAAGAGGCUAAAUCCCACAUUGAUGCGGCCUCAGCCUUGGAGACCUCAUGGGAACGUGAGCUGGCCCUCGCCAAUCCAGAUUUGACAGGUCCCCUGGAGAAACUGCGCGAUUUUGCGGCGCUGAUCCGGCUCAACUGCUACGAGAACUAUCACAUCGCCGAUGAUCGGUACGAGGCGGCUUGUCAAGCAGUGCUUCGCGGGGGCCUCAACCCCCAAGAUCCCACUGUCCAGACCCUGGAUGUCGCCGGCGCGGCGGUCGUGGCAGCCUUUGACAGUCGAGUCCAGGUCCUCGACCAACUGGGCAAGAAACUCGAUCAGGGCUGGCAGGAAGCCGUUGUCACCUCCCAGCGAUUGACCCUCAGUCAAGUGCAUCUGUCCACGGCCGUGGAAUCGACAGAAAGGGCCGAGCAAGAGGAAUCAGCUGCCCUCGAGGAAUACAAACGGACGAACCUGGAGCCCCGGAUGAAGGAGUGGGAAGAGGCCAGGAACCGGUACCAGGAAAAAUAUGGGGAGAUGGUUGAGAGGGUAGAGAAAACGCCACAAUGGAACCCUUGGACGGCCUCCUUGGGGGUAUAUGGAUUUGUGAUUACGACUGGAAAGUUCUUUUUCGAUUCCAAGGCAUUCCAUGAGCAACAGCAGGCAGAUCGAGAGACUCUCCACAGAUUAAGUCAGACGGCCGAUGCCUGCUACCGAGACGCCAAAGAUCGCAUUCUGAAAGUCGAGGCCUACAAAAGCCAUUUGCAGGCCCUUCAUGACACGAAUGCGGAGCUCGGGAGACUUCUCGCCUCCCUGAAGGAACACCAAGGGCGAACUCGAGUUGCGUCGCAGCGGUUUGUGAGUCUGAGGGCCUACUGGCGCGGGCUUUGGACCCAGGUUGGCUGCUUGGAGGGAGUCUCUCGACAGCUCGGUGGUCACGGUUUUAUCCCUAGUCGAGCCGAAGUCGUGAAGACGGUGUUGCAGGUGGUGAAUCAGGCCACUGUCCUGCAGAAGGCCGCGGGUGUGACGCACAUCCUUCAAGACACUCUGUACCUCUUGGAUACAGCGAAUGAGUGGGAGCAGCAGGAGGCCGGGGGCGUGCGCCAGAUGAUUACCAGUUUGAUGAAGCUGGUGGCGGACAUCGAUCACGCGGUGCAGAGUGGCCAAGUGAUCCCUCUUGUAAUUGGCGUGGGAGGGUCUGGACUAGAUUAAGGGAGAGGGUCAAUAGUGAGAUGGAAUACCCAUUGUAUCUGUGCGGGUGUCACGUGUAGCCCGCCUCAGGCCGUAUCUGCAGUC